AAGUCAUGUUAAUUAUCUCAGCGUUUAAAUUAUAACGUUUUCACGAUAUUUUGUAACCUAAUGCCAAAAGAUUCGUGCGCCACAGCGUAAUUGUGUCUUCAAAUCCUCGGAGAACACGUGAACGCAUCACGAGGCAGUAUAUAAUGUAAGAGGUUGCUCCAGGCUGGGAGGUAGCGGUCCAGCUAACUUUUAGAGCUAACUAUGCCUGGCAAAUGUAAAUUCCAAGAUUCCUGGCUCGCAAAGGAUGUUUACAAGGACUGGCUGGUUAAGGACGUCCAGGACAUUCAUUUUGCCCGAUGCAGGGCCUGUUGCAAAUCAAUCAAACUUCAGACGAUGGGCGAGGCUGCUCUUACCAGCCACGCAGGGGGAGCUGGCCACAAAGCAGCGGUCCGCAAGCUGCUGGAAGGCAGUUUGAUGAUCACAGGACAGGUGAAUGGCAGCGUGAAUCAGGCAGAGGACAGCAAGGAGCAAGUGGCCAUCUGCCUCCAGCGUGACGCCUUGGACAGAAUAACAGGCAACGACUGGUCAGAUCUGCACCACAGCCCCUCUACAAACUCAGCCUCCCACAAUGCAGAGCUACAGGAUGUGGCAUUCCCUGCUGCCUACUUCACAGCACCAGGCACCUCCAGGCUCAGCAGCCAGCAUCUCCAACCAUCAGGCAGCAAGACGGAAGACGCCGGGCGCCGCCCAGCUCAGCACGACUCCAUAGACCUGUCCAGACUGGAGCACCAGCAGAGAUCGGAGGCUCUGGAGCAGCAGCAGCAGAUGAAGAUCCUGGAGUGGGAGAAUAGGAUGAAGGUGCUGGCGUGGGAGCAGGAGCUGGUGAGGGAGAAGAGGAGAGCAGCCCGGCAGAAGGAGAAGGCCUUCAGGAUGAAGAAGGCCUACUACAAGGCCAAACUAAAGAGGAUGGGCGAGGACUUGCCGCCAUCUUCCUCCAGUAGUGGCGACGAAGCGGAGAAAACGUCUGACCCGACUGGCUGAUGCGCUCAAAUGUUUCUAUUUUUCCGAGUGUCAUUCUUGUAUUGUUUUGUGUAUACGCCAUGACACUACUUCUUUUUUCUUUUUUUUUACACGUUGCUGCUGAACAGUUUCACAUUGAGCAACAAUUGUUGUAAUCACGGCAGCCAAUCCCUCUGCAAUGUGAGUUCCAUCGUAAUAGAGAAACAUUUUAAGCAUAUUUUUUUUUUUUUUUUGAACUAAUCUUUAAAAACUACACAACAGCACGGAUAACUGUAAGGUCACUUUAUACUCCUUGUUGAAAUGGUUUGUAAUGACAACCCUGUUUUAUGUGUCAUCUAUCACAAUCUAGCCCCAGGAUUGAAAAAAUCCAUUUUCAUUGAUCGUCUUAAUGCUGCAUUUUUUAUUUUUAUUUUUUUAAAGGUCAAAGCUCGUUCGGGGUUAUUUUAAAAGAAGGAUGUGCGCAGAUGACACGUACACGGGACGGAAUGACAUUCCUAAAAGGACAAUCUUUUAACAGACUUUUGUAGUGCAUGCUUUAACUUUGUUUUUGAUAUGUAAGUAAACAAAUAUGUAAGUGAAUAAAUAAGUGGGAGAAACAGGUACCACACUGAUGUAUGUGCACACCUGUGAUUGUUGUGCAUCUUCUCAAAAUGAGAGGUCUGUAAUAUUUAGUUGUAAGACAGCAUAUAGAGGAAAGUAUUGGGUCACACCACUUACCUACAAAUACAUGGACAGAAGGUCAGGUUGCCUUGUGUCCACAUUCUUUUGGCCAUUUUUUAAGUUCUCUGCUGGGACUGUGGUGGUGGGAGGGGGUCCACCACCACAGUGCUGUAAAAAACUCUUUGAGGGUAUCCGCAGCAAAAUAAUUAGGCGCACUCAGCGAUCGUGAAAAACACCAAAAGAGGCCAUUAUCUUUUUGAUGAAUGCUGUUAAGGCCCCCGGUACAGUUCAGACACUUAGAGAAUAGAUGAAAAAUGCAACGCUUUGAAAAAUGGCUGCUUUCCCUCUGCUUUAUGCCAGCUGACACUCAGGAGAGAGCGGUAUUGAUCUUCACAGCCAACUUUUGGCAGGAAGCAUAUUUCCAAAAAAUGUCCAUUCCCCCCCUUCGGGUCCCAACGUUUUAGAUCAAAUAUUUUUAGCUUUACUACUGCACAUCAGUGCCUAAUGAACCUGGCUGUGACCAACCGGUAAGAUUAAUAAUCUAAUAAGAGCACUGAUGAGUCUUUGCUUCAGCCCUGCACAGGUUAAAAUCUUAAGAUUUAUGCAUGCGCCGCUGAUCCCCGCCGUCUCCUGAGCUGAACGUCUCAAUGUGGCAGCUGAACAUCUCCGCCCUCCUCUGAUGUCUCUGAAUGUGACAGAAUACUUUGAGAGUCAACGCAAGUCAGGGAGAGAAGCCUUCUAGAGAAAAACGUGUCCCCCUGUCACAGGAUCUUUCCUCCGCUCACUUUUUCUACACCUGAAAAUGUCUUUUGGCAUGAAUAUGAAACAGCAAACCUCUUUGUGUCUCCCAGACAAUAAUCAGAAAGAACACAGAGCCUUGUAGGAAUAAGUCAUUUUUUUUCUUUUUUAAUGUCCAACAUUUCUCUUGUUUCCGCGGUAACAGGGGAACAGCUGUUUCCAUCCAGACGGCAAGAUAGAAGGCAUCCAAUAAUGAAAACACAAGCUAACAAAUACAACUUCCCGUCAUCUCUCCACCUCUCUCCGUUCCUUUCCUUUUGUCUCUAAUCCUCUUUUUUGUUGUUGUUGGUUUUUGUUUGUUUGUCUGCCCGGAUUGGUCCGAACUACUGUUAAACCUGUAGUUAAAAGUCCUCUGUUAUUUCAGCACAUUAAGUGGAUAGAUUACCAGUUAAGAUUAGA